AUGGCGUCUUCAAACUCAGAGAAGAGAUGGAUUUUUCCUCUAGCAAUGGCUUCUCUCAUGUUCAUAUUCCUUAUUGCUGCAUCCUUCAACAUGGGUCUCCUCUCUUCCGUGCGUUCCAUUAACUCAAUCAUCUUCUCUUACAAUCUAUCGACCGCGAAUGAGACCAUCGUUAAAUUCGCAGAGUCGAGGAUCAAUCAGUCCUCGUCUCAUCCUAUUCCUCGAGUACAGUCUAGUCCUCGCUUUGGUUAUCUAGUUUCAGGGUCAAGAGGUGAUUUAGAGAGUCUUUGGAGAGUGUUAAGAACAUUGUACCAUCCGAGGAAUCACUACGUUGUUCAUCUUGAUCUUGAGUCUCCUGCUGAAGAGAGGCUUGAGCUAGCUAAGCGUGUGAGGGAAGAUCCUGUUUUUAGCGACGUUGGAAAUGUCUACAUGAUCACAAAGGCUAACCUUGUGACAUAUCGAGGACCAACAAUGGUGGCUAAUACGCUCCAUGCUUGUGCCAUUCUCUUGAAGCAGAGUAAAGAUUGGGAUUGGUUCAUCAAUCUUAGCGCCUCGGAUUAUCCUCUAGUGACUCAAGAUGAUCUUAUUCAUACAUUCUCAGAGUUAGACCGGAACCUCAACUUUAUCGACCACACUAGCAAACUAGGCUGGAAAGAAGAAAAACGGGCAAAGCCUUUGAUCAUAGACCCAGGGCUUUACUCGACAAAAAAGUCCGAUGUUUUUUGGGUUACACCUCGCAGAACCAUGCCAACUGCAUUCAAACUAUUUACCGGUUCCGCUUGGAUGGUUUUAUCUCGGUCCUUCGUAGAGUAUUGCAUUUGGGGAUGGGACAAUCUUCCACGGACUCUUCUAAUGUAUUACACUAAUUUCCUCUCUACACCGGAAGGAUACUUCCACACUGUGAUCUGUAAUGCUCCAGAGUACUCGACUACAGUAGUGAAUCAUGACCUGCAUUACAUCUCGUGGGACCGUCCUCCCAAGCAACAUCCACGGACGCUCAACAUCAGUGACACAGAGAGGAUGAUUGCAAGCGGGGCCGUUUUUGCCCGCAAGUUCAGACACAAUGAUCCUGCUUUGGCCAGGAUAGAUAACGAUCUGCUUGGUAGAAGUAAUGGGAACUUUACACCUGGUGGUUGGUGUGCAGGCGAACCAAAAUGCUCUAGAGUUGGUGAUCCGUCAAAGAUCAUGCCCGGUCCUGGAGCUAACCGGCUACGAGCACUUGUUACUAGACUUAUUAUAACAGCUAAACUGACGCAAAGGCAAUGUAGAUAG